GUGCAUCCUUGCGCUCCAUCUGGCGGCGUCAGGACUCAGGAGGAACAAGUGUGCACACAAUCGCAAUGGCGCACCUGCCGUUGCCUUCGUCUUCACCCCUUGUUUUCGAAGAUUCCACUGCUGCUCCCUCAAAAAGCCACGGUUUUUACACGAACCAACCGCGACAAUCCGGUCAGUUCUGAUCUCUAGUUUCCGCCUUUCUGUGGAUGCCAUCGGGGCGCUCGCCGGGAGGACAUUCGCCUCGUCAGCGACGCCGCCGUGCGCGCUUCCCUUCGUCGCCGAGAGCUGGUAGCUCCCGCCGCGCAAAGCUCCGGCCUUUCUUGGCCCCGUCCCAUCCCCGCCGCCGGCGCCGAGUGGCGCGCCGCGCUUGGCUUGAUGCUCGACGUCUGCGCGCCCCACGGGCCCGCCAAGCUCCCGGCUGCGUAUGUCGCCGGGGCGCGGGUUGCCUGGGUCGCCGGCAGGUGGUGGUGGCGCCCCGCGGCGGGCGGGGCCGCGGUGCGCCAUGGCGUCGCCGCGCGGGCGUCGUCCUUCGGUUCCCGGAUCGGGCUCGACUCCCAGAACUUUCACACAAGGGACCUGUCCCAGUUGUUGUGGGUCGGUCCGGUGCCUGGCGACAUUGCAGAGAUUGAGGCCUACUGCCGCAUAUUCCGUGCUGCCGAGCAGCUCCACACCGCGGUCAUGUCAGCGCUCUGUGACCCAGAGACAGGCGAGUGCCCUGUGCGCUACGAUGUGGAAUCGGAGGACCUGCCAGUGCUGGAAGACAAGGUUGCUGCCUUCCUCGGCUGCAUGCUGGCAUUGCUGAACCGUGGAAGGAAUGAGGUGCUGUCGGGGCGGUCGGCUGUUGCAAGUGCCUUCCAGGGAUCUGAGGACAGCACCUCAGAUAGGAUCCCGCCGCUCGCCUUGUUCCGUGGAGACAUGAAGCGGUGCUGUGAGAGUAUGCAGGUUGCGCUUGCUAGCUACCUUGUACCGAGUGAGCCCAGGGGUUUGGACGUAUGGAGGAAGCUGCAGAGAUUGAAGAAUGCUUGUUUUGAUGCUGGUUUUCCGAGGGCUGAUGGUUAUCCCUGUCCAACAUUGUUUGCGAAUUGGUUUCCGGUGUACCAUUCGACUGCAUCAGAUGAUUCAGGGACAGAAGAGUUAGAGGUUGCAUUUUGGAGGGGAGGACAAGUCAGUGAGGAGGGACUGGCAUGGCUACUAGAAAAGGGAUUCAAAACUAUUGUCGACCUCCGGGAAGAAGAUGUGAAAGAUGAUUUGUACCUCUCAGCGGUUCAGGAAGCUGUUGCUUCUGGGAAGAUAGAUGUGGUAAAUAUGCCAGUUGAGAUUGAAACUGCACCCUCAGCUGAACAGGUUCAGCAAUUUGCAGCCCUUGUGUCAGAUAGCGCAAAGAAGCCCAUUUAUCUUCAUAGCAAAGAAGGUGUUUCUAGGACCUCUGCAAUGGUCUCAAGAUGGAAGCAGUAUGUUAGUCGUUCAGAGAGAUUAGCUGUCCAGAAUCGCUCCCUAAAUGGGAAUGGUAAAUUCCUGACAAAUGACAAGACAGAGCAGCACACAGGCAGCCCAAGUUCCUCCACAAAUGGAACUAAAAAUGGUACACCGGUGGAAUCUGAUAGGACCAUGGACAAUAGGGAAUCAUGUGAGAUAGACAUAGACACAGCUCGUCAUAGUCUGGAGGUAACUAAUGCCCUUCCCAAUGAUCAAAGCACUGAGCAAAGUGAAAUGCCUAGCACUAGAUCAGAACUCCUGUCAAACUUCACGCUGGAGAGUAACCCCCUUAAAGCUCAAUUUCCUACUUGUGAUGUUUUCUCCAGAAAAGAGAUGACCAACUUUUUUAGAAGCAAAAAGGUUUAUCCAAAAUCUACCUUGAAUUCUAGGAGACGAUCAAGUAGCUCGCUGGUCUCAAGGAGAAAACAAAAUCUCAGUGCGGAUCAUAAUAGAGCCAUUGACUAUAAAGCAGCAGAGUUUACAGUUUCGAAAAGUUCAAAUGGGAUGUCUUUUGACAAUGAUUAUAUUCUAUCGGUUGCUUCAGGUAUUGCCAAUGGAAAACCAGCCAACAAUGGAGCCUCCACAUUAGUUGAGGAAAAGGAAAGGGAAGUCUCAGUUGUUACUGUUGAUACUGGAGCAUCUGCCAGCAGUUCUAAUGGGAAUGCUCAGGUUGCAUCACAAAAAUCUGCUGAAAAGAAUGGGGCCCCUUAUCUGGAGAGAAACAAAUCAGAUCCUGUUGAUGGAAAUAUGUGUGCCUCUGCAACUGGUGUUGUUAGACUUCAGUCGAGAAGAAAAGCAGAGAUGUUUCUAGUACGCACCGAUGGAUUUUCUUGUACAAGAGAAAAAGUAACAGAAUCAUCUUUGGCUUUUACGCAUCCUAGCACCCAGCAACAGAUGCUUAUGUGGAAAUCUCCUCCAAAGACUGUCUUACUUUUGAAGAAAUUAGGUGAUGAGCUCAUGGAAGAAGCUAAAGAGGUUGCUUCAUUUCUGCAUCGUCAAGAAAAGAUGAAUGUUCUUGUGGAACCUGAUGUUCAUGAUAUAUUUGCUAGAAUUCCUGGUUAUGGUUUUGUGCAAACCUUCUAUACUCAAGAUACCAGUGACCUACACGAGAGAGUUGAUUUUGUCACAUGCUUGGGUGGUGAUGGAGUCAUUUUGCAUGCAUCAAACUUAUUUAGAACUUCUGUACCACCUGUUGUCUCAUUCAAUCUCGGAUCACUUGGAUUCUUGACUUCACACAAUUUCGAAGGUUUCAGACAAGACUUGAGAGCUGUCAUCCAUGGGAACAAUACACUUGGAGUUUAUAUAACCCUUAGAAUGCGUCUAAGAUGUGAGAUCUUUCGUAAUGGAAAAGCGAUGCCUGGAAAAGUGUUUGAUGUGCUAAAUGAAGUUGUUGUUGAUCGGGGUUCUAAUCCAUACCUGUCAAAAAUUGAAUGUUACGAGCAUAACCACCUUAUCACUAAGGUGCAAGGAGAUGGUGUGAUAGUAGCAACACCAACUGGCAGUACGGCAUACUCUACUGCAGCAGGGGGGUCAAUGGUCCAUCCGAACGUCCCAUGCAUGCUGUUUACUCCAAUCUGCCCUCACUCGCUGUCAUUUAGACCUGUCAUCCUUCCGGAUUCCGCACGUCUUGAAUUAAAGAUACCAGAUGAUGCCAGAAGUAAUGCCUGGGUAUCGUUUGAUGGCAAAAGAAGGCAGCAAUUGUCAAGAGGAGACUCUGUUCAUAUAUCCAUGAGCCAGCACCCGCUCCCAACUGUUAACAAAUCUGACCAAACUGGUGAUUGGUUCCGCAGCCUGAUCAGGUGUCUCAACUGGAACGAGAGGUUGGACCAGAAGGCGCUAUAGACACUAGGUUUUUUUCUAAAAAAAAAAUGUUGUUGUACAUAUAUAGCUUUACACACGUAUAGUUUUUUUUCCCUGCUAACAUGUACGAUGCGUGUAACAUCGACCUAACGCACAAGCAGUGGCAGCACGUGUUAUGACCCGUCGUCAGUGUACCAAUCUGCUCUGUAAAUCAACAGUACAUAUCCAGGUAUUUCUGGGCCUAUAAUUCAUCGGAAGCACCUGAGCUGAUACCACUUCAUUUUC